AUGGCGGAACGUCAGAGUCGACGACGAAAGAAGCGAGAUGAUGGCCAAGCAAGAAACCAACCGAUGAGAAACUGCCGUCGGCAAACAUCUUCGCUUCACCUUGCCACUAAGACCAGUAAUUUCAUGGGCCAUAAAGUCGAGUAUUUCACAGGAUCCAAGGCCGUCGACUUGAUGCUGGAUUCUAAAUGGGCAUCAGGCAAAGGCAGUACAGAGAUUCUCUUCACUGAUCGUCGUCAGUGGUGCAGUACCUGGAAAAGCUAUUGCAGAAAGGAGGAGGGGACACCCAAAGCCAAGAAGAGCAAGGAGGUCAAACGAAAGAUCAAGUUGGAACCAACGGAGGAUCAAGUCUUCAGAGAUGGAAACGAUGCUUAUGUUUGGAUUUACGAUCCGUUAAGCCAAUGUACUACGUCUAUGGCUGCUGUUGGUUCGUCCAUCCUCUUUGUCCUCCUGUGGUCGGGCACCAUGGGACGCAUCCAUCUCUGGAUAUUCCAAAUCUUCUGGCCGAUGUCGGAUCCUAGAAUCUUCCAGCCGGCCUACGAGUACACCGUCAACAAACGCAGCGCGGAAUCGACCGACGACAAACCACUGAAGGAAGGAUGGAGAGGAACAGGCGAAGGGGGAUGA